AUGAAUAACAACCAUGACACAGAUGGCCAGAACCCCAACUACAUAGAAUGGCUCAAUUCUCAACCAAGAGGCUCUGUUCUGUACAUAUCUUUAGGGAGUUUUCUCUCUGUUUCAAGACAGCAGGUGGAUGAACUCGUCGCUGGUGUACGUGAAAGUGGUGUGAGAUUCUUGUGGGUGGCUCGCGGAGACAACUGGAAGCAAGAUUUUGGAGCAAGAGGGCUUGUUGUGUCUUGGUGCGAACAAUUGAAGGUUCUGUGCCAUCCUUCUGUGGGGGGAUUUUUGUCCCAUUGUGGCUGGAACUCAGUUUUAGAGGCGACUUUCGCUGGUGUUCCUAUUCUUACUUUCCCGAUAUUCUUUGAUCAGACUCCAAACAGUAAGCAAAUUGUAGAGGAUUGGAAAGUUGGAUGGCGGGGAAGAGAACGCACAGGAGUUGAUAAUGUUGUGACGAGAGAGGAAAUAUCAGUGCUUAUAGGGAGAUUUAUGAAUUCUGAAAGUACGGAAUGUGAUGAGCUGAGGAGAAAAGCAAAACAAGUUCAAGAG